UCCUAUAUCCUGAGAAUGAACCGAGAGGAGAACCUGUGCUGGUUUCAUGGAAAAGUGUCACGCGAAGAUGCGGAAGACAUUCUACGCCGAGCCGAUGGUGGUGAUGGGGUGUUUCUGGUGCGCGAAAGUGCUUCCUCCGAGGGCGAUUACGUGCUGUCAGUGCUGUUCAAGGGCGAGGUGAUCCACUACGCCAUCCGACGCCACGGAGAUGACGCGUUCUUCUCGAUACAGGACAACACACCGAUCCACGGGCUGGACUCGCUGAUCGAGCACUAUCAGCGGGACAAAGGGAAUCUGGUUACGCGCUUGCAAGUCAUCUGCCGGAGCGAUCCGCCACCGCACGAUGUGCGCAGCCAUGGCACCACAAAUCUGUUGCAUCGGGCGACAAAGGAAAGCAACUACACCGUCGUGUCGGAGCUGCUUAAGUGUGGCUAUCGGAAUAUCGACUCAAAGAAUCAGGACGGCCAAACGGCGGUUCACCUGGCGUGUCUACACGCCGACGAUAAGAUACUGCUGAAGCUGAUCGAGCGCGGAGCGAACAUAAACAGUCGCGACGCUAAGGGCAACACUCCCCUGCACUAUGCUUGCGCCAAACGAAAUGGAUUGGAAAUGGUACGGAUGUUGGUGAAGGCAUCCGCCAAUCUGCAGGCACGCAACAACGAGAGCGGUUGGGUACCGCUGCACGAUGCGGCCGAAAAUGGCAACAUCGAAACAAUCCAGGAGUUGCUCACCCACCGCGUACCACAUCGGCCACGCUCGAGCUACGGAGAAAUGCCUUCCGAUCGGGCCCGCCAGCGAGGCCAUUACGCGGUUGUCGAGUUCCUGAACGCCUAUGAACCGCCGCGACCGCGUACCAGCCGAGACCUCUGGUAUCACGGGACACUCGAGAGGCAAAUGGCCGUGGACUAUCUCAAGGAGCACGCGGCCAAACUAUUUCCACAGCUCUCUCCAAUCGCGAACAAGGAGAACGAGCAUCUAGAUGGGUUGGAGCAGUCCACUUCCGGCACGUACCUGGUGCGCUAUUCGGCCAAACAGAACGGCGACGUGCUGACGAUGCUGUACGAGAACGAUACGAAGAACUUCAUCAUCCAACGGCAGCAGGACUGGCUGUACAUCGACGAGGGACCGUACAUGAACUCGCUCGAGCAUCUGAUCGACCAUUACACGCGCUUCUCGGACGGGUUGCCCACCAACCUGCGGUUCCCGGUGAAGCCCGGACCGAAGCCACCGAUUCCGACGUUUGCAACGAUCCCGAAAUCGAGGCAUAAAGCGAAUAGCGUUUCAUCAGCCACGUCACCGUCGCAGCUGUCGUACUCCCUAACGCAGCAUCACUCCACCUCCAACGGUGCGUCCGGGUUGUCGAGCUUGUUUCGUAAAUCAAGCGAAAAUGCACUCGGGCCGAAACAGGUACCCCUGCCGGCCCGGAAUCUGUCCGUACCGAACGAUGCGAUGCUGCAGAUGAACAAGGUGGGGCUCUUCGAUCGCAGCCCCGAACGCCGUUCAGCCGCAGAUCCAACGCGCAGUCCAAAGCUAUCUCCGCGAGAUGAAUCGAAAGUGAAGUCCACCGGAGCAAGCGGAUCGCCGAGCGUCACAAGUGGAACACCGACACUCAAGAAAACCAUCAUCGACGGGAUGAGGAGCCUGCGGAAGCACAAGCAGAAGCCGAAGUCCGCCGCAUCCGUAGAUGAUCCCAUGCAAGACACGAUGCCGUCCAUUGAGCCGACGGUCAGCCCAUCGAAGUUGCUACAGCAGCUAAAGUUUUCGUCCGAUUUCAAUCUGGCCAUCAGCUCGGGUGGCAGUUCUGCGGCGCUCGAUGAUAUUUACAAAAUCCCAACCAACAACUGUGCCAUCGUGGAAAUCGAUAUCGGAGAACCGGCCAAUGAACCAUUGCCCCGGAGCGGUACACCUUCCGGUGGCGAACCAACUACGGACGUUCCUCCAGCGAUCCCUCCCAAGCUGUCCUCUCCCGUGUUGGAUUGCGUGAAUAACAAUGCUCCCGAGACGGAUUACUUUACCCAAAGUGACGAUCAGACGCAUUCUGUCACGCUGCCAGAUGAGAGCGAGGAGAUUUACUUCAUCGAAGCACCGAUUCCGCCGCCAGUGGCACCACAAGAACCAUCUUCCACGUCGCCCGAAACCCGACCGGACACUUUGGGGAUCGAAUCAAACAAUAAUGGUCGGGCCGAGGAAGAUCCGGUGCAAUCGACACCAGUAACCAACUACAUGAUUACGCGAACGGUUCCAAUCUUUAGCAGCGUUUCGGUGGAUGAGUCGUGCCAACCGCCAACCUCGCCACCGGUCGACAUGCGAGCGAGCAGACUGUUCGAACGGCUCGACUCGACGCAAUCGGGCACCAGCCGUGCAAGCGUACUGAGCGGCGAGAGUGCUCUCUUUUCGCUGUUCCAGCCACCGACACCGACAACGCUGCAACAACCAAAGGACUACCGUGAGCAACCAAAGGAUGGACCGAGUUACUUUAUCCCGAAGGAGUGCAUCCACUCGGAGGUGGUGCUAGGUCGUGGCGAGUUUGGAUUCGUAUACCAGGGUUAUCUAGAACCGUGGCCACUGGACGCACUCGCUAGCCCCGGAACACCGUCACCGACCGUUGGUCGGCUGCCAGUCGCGAUUAAGAAGGUGCUCGACAGUCAGGAGCGUCGCCAGAGGACAGACUUUCUGCGGGAAGCGAGCGUCAUGAUACGGUUGCGGCAUCACUGCAUCGUGCGACUGAUCGGUAUUUGCAAAGGUCCGCCACUGAUUAUGGUGCAGGAGCUGAUUCCGCUCGGUUCAAUGCUGGUCUACAUUGCACAACACCGGACCACAAUCAAACCGCAGCAGGAGAUGAUGAUCUGGGCGGCACAGAUCGCCAGCGGGAUGCAGUACUUGGAAGAGCAACACUUCGUGCACCGCGAUCUGGCCGCUCGGAAUAUUUUGCUGGCGAAUAAGUAUCAGGCCAAAAUAUCCGACUUUGGGCUGUCGCGAGCCAUCGGUGCCGGGCAGGAGUACUACCGCGCUAGUCAGGGUGGCAAGUGGCCCAUCAAAUGGUAUGCUCCCGAGAGCUUCAACUACGGUACGUUUUCGCACGCGAGUGACGUCUGGUCGUUCGGGGUGACAUUGUGGGAGAUGUUUUCGUACGGGGCCCCACCGUACCACGACCUGAAAGGUGUCGACGUGAUCAAGCUGAUCGAAGCCGAUGAGCGGCUUGCACAACCGGACGCUUGCCCCGACAAGGUGUUCGAGAUUCUGCGGAACUGCUGGCAGUACAAUCCGAAGCUGCGACCCACGUUCCGCUUUCUGCAUCGGUUUUUCUCCGACGACAUCGAGUACCAGAACCUGCAGGAACUGGUCGGAGGAGGAACGGAAAUUAACGCCAAUGCUCACCCGGGGUCUCCCACGAACAACCAGUUCUGAACGGAGUUUGUUCGGGGAAAAGGCCUUCGUGUGAAACGAGGUAGUAUUAUGAGUUGUACAGUUUUUAAUUUUGCUUACCUUUUGAACUUUUACUCCUAUCUCCUCUCGUUUUCCUAACUUAUUCGCUUGUAUAUUUAUUGCUCAAAAAUUAUCAGUUUGAUGUAAAGGAUGGUGAUUAGUUUGAUACGGUGAAUUGGUUUGGUGUUGCUCAAAGGUCGCGAAAAUUGAUAAAAUGUGCCGUAAGAAAAUCUACCGUUAAAACUUGUGUCAUAUUCUGCCAUCAAUCAUUUGUCGAACAUUAUUUCGAGGCCUGUUUUAACCCCUUUUCUUUGGUUUUGUUCUCGUGAACUAAUUAAUUUUCUUGUCUUGUAAAUUCAGUAGGCUUCGCACUGUGAUUACGUGCACUGAUUGAUACAAAAAAUGCUUUUAUCCAGCAUUUAAUUUGGCAUUCGUAUUCAAGUCAACGAUCGGUAAUAAUUGUGGCAUUUUGAUCGUUUAGGUGUAAAUGUGAUUUCAUUAGCGAAUUCUUCGACAAUUGUUUCUAAGUCCUUUCAGAUGGUGUUUUUGCUUUGAAAAAUUGUGUCAUAUCAAGUAAUGGUUCCUGUACGUUUGUCCCUUGAUUCAUAGCUCGUGGUCAUAUCUUUCGGGCACUUGAAAGUGUUGCACCAAAGAGUUUAACGAUAUGUCUAUACUUUGAUUCUAAGUCAAACUGGUCACUGCGUAAGGAAGUUACCCCUCUUCUGGUUUGAAAGUAAUAGGUAUUUUUAUCAAAAUAAUGCAAAAUUACCGUCCUCUGAUUACACAAGCGAUAAACUAUUUUCGGGUAAAACAGAACACGUAAACUGAACCAGGAACGAAAACAAUAUAUUGUAGCCCUCGUAUUAUUCUCCAACUGUUCUUUCAGCUCGUCCCAUGACGACAGAGUAACGUUAGAGUAGGUUUAACGAUAACAGGUGUUUGUGUAGUUCUAUCCAUCCAGUAUCGAGUGAAGAGAGAGAGAGUAAAUACUUAGUAAAACCCGCGGCUAGUAGAUUGAAGUUCCCAGAAUAGGUUUGUGGGGUUUUGCAGUGCUUUCCUGAGUGUGACCCUGCGAUGCCCUGUCAUCAUGAGUAUUCAAGUUCCUGAUUUCCCUCAAAACGAUCUAAGAAGGCUGCUGCAUAUUUUUGAACGAUAUGCGCGGCCGUGGUUUGUCGAAUGUAUAUA